AUGGGAAUCAACAAACAAUUCAGUUCACGGCCUUUACGCUACCCAUUUGCGUUCUACCGGAAUGGGUCUCAUCAACCGAAACUCGAAAGAACAAAAGAAAACCUAAGCCAAACAACUUCACAGCUAUACAAAUUCAACAGCUUUCGAGAUGAAUACCAGAUACCGAAGUAUCCAAUUGUUCUUUGUCAUGGGUUUUCGGGAUUCGAUAGUCUUGUUAGCUUACCCGCAGUCGAGCUCUUCCACAAAGCUAAGAGUAAAGAAGCAUCUGCUAGGGAAAUGGCACAAGAGGCAGACACUAAAAUUGAGUUCUUUGAAUACUGGCACGGAAUUCGUAAGGAGCUAAGGGCGCGUGGAUGUCAGGUUUUGGUAGCCAAGGUGCCCCCAUUUGCUACGAUAGAAACGAGAUCCAAAAUUUUGAACGAGUUUAUCAAACACAAAAUAGCCACACGCUUUCCAAGUGCCACGCAGCCUGUCAAGGUCAACCUGAUUGCCCAUUCCAUGGGAGGCCUUGAUUGUCGAUACCUUAUUUCCGCUUAUGAACAAGAAAAUUUUGAGAUUGUCUCGUUGACAACGGUAUCGACUCCCCAUAGAGGGAGCUACGCUGCCGAUCGCAUGCUUCAACUCAUUCCAACCGGCUUAGUUGACAGUUUUUUACCUUCCCUGAAAGAACUCACUUUAGAGAGUUGCGCUCGCCUAAAUAUACAUAUUACAGACGACCCCAAUGUCAAGUAUUUCAGCUAUGGUGCAACUUUCACUCCUGGUAUAUUCAAUGUUUUCUAUCCUACAUGGAAAAUGGUAUAUCCGAAAGAGGGCCCAAAUGAUGGCCUGGUGAGCAUCAAGAGUGCUAAAUGGGGCGAAUUUUUGGGGAGUCUAGAGAAUGUGGAUCAUCUGGAUCUUAUUAACUGGAUGAACAUUUCGAAACGUCUUAAAAUUGUGAUCGGAGCAGGGACCUUCAAUCCGGUCGCGCUAUAUCUUGAUAUUGUGGACAAUUUGGCGAAAAAGGGUCUAUGA